ACGCAUAUUGAUCCGACCAAGACCAACGUACAGCCCCUGGAUGAGAAGACGCAUGGGAAUGGUGCCCCCAAGUUUCGUUGUCUUUCUUAGUUCACACCCACUCCCUCUGCCUGCAUCCUCCAUCACAGCCCGAGGGCUCUGCCCGCCGGUUCCGCACCUCGCCUCGUCACGACACGACAGAUGGACGCCUCACUGCCGACGGUAUCGCCAUUCCUCGCGAGCUUAUUUCUACGCGGUCGGCGCCCGCCUAUCCUGUGAGCACGCCGUCGCGUAACUGGUGUGCCCUUCUCCUCACCCGAUGGCUAACGCUAGAACCGUCGGGCA